CGGCCCCUACAUUGCACCUGUAGUGACAUCAUAAGGUUGCUCACCUGUCUUGGGAUCGUCCAGUAAUUGUCCUACCUGUCAUCUUAAUGUCGCGGUGACACUGACGAGCUCUUAAUGACUUCCGAGAUCAAAUCCUCUGUAAAACCUUGGUAAAACAGUUAAGGUUGAUAUUUUUGACCAAAGUCAAAGAAGAAAAUAUCGUAGGUCACCGGUGGGGUUUUUGGAGGCACCUGUUUUGACUUCCUGAAGGAUUCUGACAGUACCGACGACUGGCUCUUACUAAAACCGGAGGGACUGAGAGGCUGAGCAGGGCUGAGGAAGGAAGUUUUACCGUAAGAAGGAAGUAGAGGCGUGUAAGAACUCUAGGACGACAUGCUACCACUGCAACAGCAGCUUACCGGGAUGUUGGUUGGUGUACUGACGGCGGUGGUCCUCUUUUCUACCGCCAACGCUCAGCAUGGAGGGUGGGGCUACUCUUCUGACAACGGCCCGGCCACGUGGCCCAACAACUAUCCCAACUGGUGCAACGGACAGAAGCAGUCACCCAUCGACGUCCAGUCCAAAUCAGCCGUGCAGAAGUCCUUCCCGGCUCUGAACUUCAAAGGCUUCGACACACCUCCAGCGGACGCACAGAUGCGCAUCAAAAACAACGGACAUGCCAUACAAGUGGAUCUACUGUCCAAGACUGGCAAGACGGACAACUACCAGAUAUCCGGCGGAGGACUACCAGGCACUUACAAUGUGCUGCAGUUCCACUUCCAUUGGGGGUCGGAGCACACCGUCAACGGAAAACGUUACGACGCCGAGAUGCAUGUGGUGACUUGGAACUCCAAGUACCCUACAGCUAGCGCCGCUUCAACGGUUACUCCUGACGGGUUUGCUGUGUUGAGCGUGCUCUUAGAGGCCACUUCGCAGACGGCAAACCCCGGGAUGCAGAACAUCGUGUCACAACUUUCUAAUGUUGCAAACAAAGGUAUGAACUACACGUACCCGACGUCUUUCUCCGUCAACUCGCUGUUCCCGGCGGACAAGGCGAACUACUGGCGCUACAUGGGGAGUCUGACCACACCCAAGUGCAACGAAGUCGUCGUCUGGACCAUCUUCAAAACUUCCCUCAAGAUUUCUCAGGACCAGAUCAACGCCCUGAAGACAAGCUGCUAUUUCAACUCCGCGGGUGACCAGGACCAACAACAACUCAACAACAACUACCGAACGACCAACCCCCUGAACGGACGCACCGUGUUCGACUCCUCCAACACGAGCGGCGUUCCCCAGCUGGCCCCCACAGUUCUGGCCCUCGUCAUCGCCGUGUUAUCAUCCACUGCGCUGCAGUUAUAAAACUAUUUGGUUGCUGCUUAGUUCCGUUUUUUGGCGACGCCACAGGAGCGGAGCCGUCAGUAAAAUGCUAUUCCCUCUAAACUUGCCCACGAUCAAAAAAGUAUAACCUAACUUGUAUGUUUGCUUUGUGAUAAAUCCUCAAAAAUUGUUUUAAUCAGGUUGAUAGACGCAGGAUAUUGAAUAUUUCUUUAAGACAACCAUUAAUGUCUUACGUUUCGAUGCCUAUCAGACAUCUUCUGACUAUAGUGCUGCUUUUCUCUGCCUGUAUAUGUUGCCGAUGUAGGUUAGCAACGUUUGGGAUUGUGUUCUCACCGCAAAGCGCCACCUACAUUGGCUACGUAUAGCGGCGAGAAGCAGAACUCUAGUUAGAAGCUCUGAGGAAGAUGUCUGACAAACAUCGAAACGUAAGCAGCUAGAUGAGAGACAUUACUGACUGUGUAUAAGAAAUACUCAAUAUUCUUGUGAUAAACCUUUGCUUUGCUUACCUUAGGAUUUUAAACCAAUGAGUGAUACGGAUAGAAGGAGUCUGUAAGAGAAAAUAGCUAACAAGGCAUUUAUUUGUUGCAUAAAACAUAUUAGAUAUUAAUGUCAAGAGAGUUGCACAUGACACGCUAAAGUAGAAAGCUAUUUAUGAAUGAUGUCUGAGCUAGAUGUCUAUAUGCUGUUGUGGAGAUACUAAAAUCACAUGGAAAAUGUAGAAUAGGUAGGAAAUGAUUUCAUAUGAAUACGCAAAAUCUAUAUGUGGAAAUCUAAAUGUUUACGCCGUACCAGAUAAAGUAUAUGUGUGGAUAUCGUAAAGUGGUCGUUGUGUCACAUCGUGAUGUGUUGUUGGGCAUAUUCUGAAAGUCGACAAUCACGUGCUUGCAAACCCCCUAACCCAGCCCCAACCCUACCCCUACUCAGAUAUGCCACUUAAGAAACGUAGCUUCCAAUAUGUGGACAAUAGGUUUUGAUACAACCUGCCUUGUAUAUGACGGCGCUAGUUGGAGGGGCAAACCAUUUUCGCCUUCGAAACACACACAAAUACAACAUCCACUAUAAGCGGUAUCGGCAUUUCGGUAGUGGUAAGAAUCGGACGAAUUCAGGUAUUGUGUACGUUA